CCACAUAAAGGAAACCAGACCCACUAGAGUACAUGUCGAGAGUCUGCAGCACAACGAGAGACUGAUCAGAUCAGCUGUCACAUGGUGGAGAAACAGUCCUGCGACUGAGGUGAAAGAUUGGAGCUUGAAAGAAACCGGGUUACAAAAAUCUUUCUCCAUGUUCGCAGUGACUCCCUCCAGUCCCACCAGUCUCACGACGCCGGCUCUGGUCCAGUUCCAGCUCGGCCUCUUCAGGGAGGUGGUUCGAGUCCCCGCCAGCAACCGGAGCUAUCGCCAUGCCAAGAGGCUGGCUGCAGACAUCAUAGAGCACAAGGCUCCAGACUACAACGUGGUCGGUGUCGGGGAGAAGAUUCUUCUGUUCAGACAUCAGUCGGCCUCGGAGCAGCUGCUGCAGCGUCUGACGGACCAGGACGAGCUGCAGGAUGGAGACUUCAUCGAGGUCAUCAUCGCAGGAUCAGCCUCGGUGACCGAGAUGAGGAUCCGUCCACACACACUGGUGGUCCAAUCGUACCGGACUCCCACUUUCUGCCACCACUGUGGAGAAAUGCUGUGGGGCCUCGUUCGGCAGGGACUCAAAUGUGACGGUUGUGGACUGGACUUUCAUAAACGUUGUGCUUUCCAGUUGCCCAAUGACUGUAGUCGAGCGCGGCGUCAGGUUAGCACAAGCCUCUCCCUGUUUCCUCCCCGACGACCCCGAACCCACUCACUGUCCAAUCAGGCCGGAGGCAGCCUGGAAGAGAUCAGCAUGACCAAACCCUCGUCCAGGCCCCCGUCCUGGGCAGAGCCCCCCGUCUGGCUGGGAAUCGGCUACGGCGACGUGAGCAAGGCUCAGGUCCCUCACACCUUCCACAUCCACAGCUACACCAAACCCACCGUGUGCCAGUACUGCCACCGGCUGCUCAAGGGGCUCUUCAGACAGGGGCUGCAGUGCUCAGACUGCCGGUUUAACUGCCACCGGCGCUGUGAGCUGCUGGUCCCCAGAGACUGUCCAGGAGAGAGGAGGGGCCUCAACGGGGAAAGUGAGCCGGCGCUCCCUGGAGAAUCCACAGCAGCGGGUCACAGCUGCCCACCAGAACCAGAUGACGGUGAUUCAGAGCUCACCAGCACGACAACACUAGAACUCUCUGACGAUGAGAUGUCCACAGACGGAGACUGGACGGCUGAGACGAAGGAGGACGAGCAGCUACGGGAACCGAUGAGUCCGUGUUUCAGCAGCAACAUCCCUCUGAUGAGGCUCAUCCAGUCGGUGCAUCACUCAAAGAAGAGAGCAGGUGGAGUCCUGAGAGAGGGAUGGCUGCUGCAUCACACCAACACUGACACACUGAGGAAACGUCAUUACUGGAUCCUGGACUGGAAGAGCAUCACUCUGUACCAGAACGAGAGCAGCACCAAGUACUACAAGGAGAUCACUCUGUCCGAGGUGCUGCAGGUCCGAGGCCCCGCCCAGCUCACCGUCCCCUUGUUGCCGGGCAACAGCGCCCACACCUUGGAGGUGGAGACAUCCUCGCUGGUGUACUGCGUGGCGGCCGGAGGGAGCGGUGCGGCCUGGGAGAGCGCCAUCCGUCAGGCUCUGAUGCCCGUGCAGAGCAGCGGGGGAUGCGGCGAGGAGAGCCGGGAUAAAGAUUCAUGCAGUGACGGCGUGGACAUCAGCUCGGUGUAUCAGAUCUACACAGACGAGGUGCUCGGCUCGGGACAGUUUGGAGUCGUGUACAAAGGUACUCACAGGAAGUCGGGUCGGCCGGUCGCCAUCAAAGUCAUCGACAAGACGCGUUUCCCCAACAAACUGGAGAGACAGCUGAGGAACGAAGUCGCCAUCCUACAGAAUCUGUCCCACCUCGGUGUGGUUCUGUUGGAGGGGAUGUUUGAGUCGGUGGAGUACGUCUUCGUCGUCAUGGAGAAGCUCCACGGAGACAUGCUGGAGGUGAUCCUGUCCAGUGAGCGAGGCCGACUCCCUGAACGCAACACCCGCUUCCUGGUCGCUCAGAUCCUGGAGGCUCUGCGGUAUCUGCACUUCAAACACAUCGCUCACUGUGACCUCAAACCUGAGAACGUGCUGCUGGCCUCUGCGGACCCUUUUCCUCAGGUGAAGCUGUGCGACUUCGGCUUCGCCCGCAUCAUCGGAGAGAAGUCCUUCCGGCGCUCGGUGGUGGGCACGCCGGCCUACCUGGCGCCCGAGGUGAUCAGCAACAGCGGCUACAACCGCUCCCUGGACAUGUGGUCCGUGGGCGUCAUCAUGUACGUGAGCCUGAGCGGCACGUUCCCCUACAACGAGGACGAGGACAUCAGACAGCAGAUCACCAACGCCGCCUUCAUGUACCCACGACAACCGUGGGCCUCCAUCUCUCUGGAGGCUGUGAGUCUCAUCAAUAACCUGCUGCAGGUGUCGGUCAGACGGAGGUUCAGCGUGGGAAAAACACUGGGACACCCGUGGCUGCAGGACUUCCAGCUGUGGUGUGACCUCAGGGGGUUCGAGCAUAAGGUGGGCUUGAGGUAUCUGACGCACUGCGGUGACGAGGAGCGCUGGAUACGCUACGCCCAGGAGAGAGGCCUGGACUACCCGCCCAACCUCUGCUGGGACCCCGACAAAUACCCCGACAUGUGACCCCAACACGGAGGGUUAAAGAUCGUAACCCAUGGAGAUGAGGCAGGCACGGAAGUCGUCUGGAUCCAUCAUGCCGUUUCUCUUCUGCAGGGAAAAACACAAUUGUGUUAUAAAAUGACUAAAUUCCCAGAAUCAUAGUUACAAUGCCCAUGUUUUUAUUUUCUUAAUUGUGCUUGAAUAUUAAGCAUUAAUUGGAGUAUUUAAUUUUAAGUUAAAAAAAACAAAACAGAUGUGUCAGAUUGAUUUUCAAUGUUUAAAAAUAAAAAUAUAAGUUCCAUCUUUAAGUGAAUGCUUCUGUAUGUCAUUAAGCCUAAUUUACACCAAGAUCCAGUUAGA